CAUAUAAUUUAGAUGGCUUGAAGCCACCUAGCGCAUAGUGUAAGCCGAGUCCGGACUGCAAUCUUGAGCUAGAGCGGCUAUGGCGCCCGGCCGAGGCUGGGGCGGAGGAGGGGGCGGGUGGCCUGGCGGGAGAGGCGGAGGGGGCGGAGGCGGUGGCGGUGGCGGAGGCGGCGGCUGGAACAACGGUGGCGGAGGCGGAGGGAGAGGCGGAGGUCGUGGAGGAGGAGGCUGGGGCAAUCAGGGCGCAGGCGGAGGGGGCCGCUUCAACAACCAGCAGCAGCAACAACAGCACGAUACCAGCUGGCAGGGAGGCGGCCAGUCAGGAAACCGGUUCGGGGUGCUCAGUAAUGAUGGUGGCGGUGGCAGGGGCGGUGGCGGCGGGCGGUCCGGCGGCCGCGGUGGCGGCAGCGGCCGCGGCGGCAGCGAGCCCCCUGAUGAGGUCAUUCGCAAUGACCUGCAGACCGAGCGGCCGAACUGGGUGCUCAGCUGCUACGGCCACGAGCGCGGCGGCGGUUGUGACCUGUCGGGAGACGUGUCGUUUGAGGAGGCGCGCUGGACCAACAUGCAGGAGAUGCGGUCCGGCCGCACGCCUCUGUCCAUUAACGGCGACUUCAAGGGGGCGGUGCGCGCCAAGCAGGAUGAGAUGAACCAGCUACAAGCGCGAGCACGUGACCGGCGCGGGCCGCCGCUGCCGUCCCUGGGAGGUCCGCCCAUCGUGGUCCAGAACGCCUGGCUGGCGCAGUUCAGUCAACCAGCACAGGUACAGCUGCAGCAGCUGCCUCAGCCAGUGGCGCCGGCCGGAGGCUUUGGGGCGGCACCCGGCGGCGGCUUCGGGGCGGCACCGAGCGGCGGCUUUGGAGCCGCGCCCAGCAGCGGCUUUGGCCAGCCUUCAGGCUUCGGACAGCCUUCGGGUUUUGGCCAGGCACCCGGGGCCCCCGUGGCCCCCGCAGCUCCCAUGGCUGCCGGUGGCGGAUUCGGCGCCCCCGCCGCUGCGCCCGCUGCUGCAGGUGGUUUCGGUCAGCCCGCGGCGGGCGGCUUGUUCGGACAGCCACCGCAGCCGCCCGCACAGCCAGCCGCCAACAUGUUUGGUGCACCCGCGGCUGCACCCGCGAAAGGUUCCUGGGCAACGCAAGGUGGCUUCGGAGCCCCCAAGCCGCCCGCGCCAGGUGUCACCCCUGCUGUGCUGUUCGGGCAAGCAGUGGCGCCCGGGGCCGGCAGCAGCGGCUUUGGCGCGGCAUCAGCUGUCACCGGCGGUGCCUUUACACCCGCGCCUGCGCCUGGCGUAGCCGGCGGGCUCUUCGGCGCGCCGGCCGCAUCUGGGGCCAUCGGGGCAACCGGGUUUGGUGCGCCGGCCGCGCCCGGGGGUUUGAGUCCGUUCGGCGCGCCGGCGGCAUCACAUUUGUCCGGAGGCAGCUUCGGCACGCCGGCUGGUAUGUUGCCUACAGUGUCGCAGGCGGCAGACGCCGCCGCCGGAGCUGCGGCGGCGCCAGCCACUGCAAAUGGGGCCGGGUCAGCGGGGGGCGCGGGCUCAGGGCCGGCGGAGGAUGACAUUGCGGCAUUCAAGGCGACUGCGUUCACGUUGGGCAAGAUCCCGGAGACGCCGCCGCCACCGGAGCUCUGCUUCUGAGUCCGCUGGACCGCCGUGGUGCAUGAGGCCUUUUUCCCAGGUUGCCAGUCUACGCGUGGUUUACGGGCUUGGAAUCUGCGUGAUGUAGGCCUUCGCAGCGGGGCAUGUGGCUGGCUGACCGGCUGGCCGGUAGGUACUGGUAGGCAGGAUUUGACUCAGACGAGCGAGACCUCCAUAGCGGUAGGCAGAUAGGCAGCAUGAUCUGGUUGAGUGCAAGGCUGCAACACCAUGUCCCGCACAAGGCGGUUGCGGUUCUGUAGCAUGCAAUACCGGCUUGUAUAGCAUGCUGUACGGACAGGCGAUGUAUGGUGUUGC